ACAUUACAUUUCCAGGUGGGGACUGUGGGAGAGAGAGAGAGAGAGAGUGAAGAAAUGGGGAGAAAGAAGGGAUUGGAGUUCGAUGAAUCGCCCCCAGAUGACUUCGAUCCAUCGAACCCGUACAAGGACCCGGUGGCGAUGCUGGAGAUGAGGGAGCACUUGGUGAGGGAGAAGUGGAUCGAAAUCGAGAAAGCCAAGAUCAUCAGGGAGAAGCUCAAGUGGUGCUACCGCAUCGAAGGUGUCAACCAUCUCCAGAAGUGUCGACAUCUCGUCCAACAAUAUCUCGACUCCACUCGUGGCAUCGGCUGGGGCAAGGACGGUCGCCACCCCUCCCUCCAUGGUCCAAAGGUGGUUGAGUCGGUUGAGUCUGACUGAUUCACGGUAUAAGCUAUUUAAGGGAACUCAAUUUGGGCGGUAGCUGAAUGGUCAUGGAUGGAAGUGGGGGCCUGCUCUUGUAGCAGUUUGGUUGUACUGUUGUUCUUUUGUUUUAUUUGGACUUCUAUCAUCCACAAAUAUCUCUUUUCUUUUGCCAUGUGCAGAGGCCAAAUGUUAUUUCUCUGGCUUUCAUCUUAGUUUUUAUUCUUGAUGGCAUCCAAAAAAAAAAAAAAAAGGCAGGUAUCUGGACUUGGCCAUGGAUGAAAGUACCUCAGUUGAUUAAAUAAUGUUUCUUGUCACAGUUUGGUUGCCCCUUAUGAUGCCUUGUAAUGAAUAAUGGCUUGCAAUCUAUACUCGGGUUGAUUUCUGAUAUCAAGGAAAACUACCUAGGACUUUCAUUACCA